CUUGACUCAAAUGAAAAUACCCAUGGCUCUGUGCAGGAUCAGCAACAAGGGCAGGUCAGCAACACCUGCUCUGGCUGCUGCAACAGAUGGGCCAUAGGCACUGCACAGUGAUGUCACUGUGAUGACACUUGGGCACCAUGGUGACGUUUGAGCCUGUCCCACUGGAACCCCUCAACAGUUCUGUGGGAUUUCACUUGCCAGCUGGCAGGGCAAAGAGCAGCUCCCUGCAGACCUGACUGCGAGCACAAAGCGCAGUCAGACUGAAACAGUAGGCAUUGAAAGCGAGCUAUCUGCAAUAGGAACUUCUGGUUCUGCUCCAGAGGGUCCGGUUGUAUCCCAGGCUCUCCUGAUCUUCUGAGUCAGGAUAAAGGAACGCCUGGGCAUCAAAAAUGGAUGAAAAAAAUGUACAAACUUAUCCUUGUCAAGAGGAAAUCAAAUAUAUACCUCAUGCUUCUUACGAGGAGAGCACACGCAGUAGCACUACUAUCUCCGCAGCCUCUACUUUUCCUGAAAAACUCUGGGUGCUGGCUGAAAGUCACCAAUUUAAGAGCAUUUGGUGGGGUCAGAAUGGAAGGUGCAUUGUAAUUGACCAGGAAAUGUUUCAGAUUGAAGUUUUGGGAAAGAAAGGAUCCUUGAGAGUGUUUGGGACAGAAAGCAUGAAAAGCUUUAUUCGUCAACUUAAUGUGUAUGGAUUCACAAAAAUGCAGCGCGACUCCAAAAGAUCUCCCUCGCUUCCUGAGUUUCUAGCAGAGGAAGAGGCAUUUGUGGCUCACAGGAAGUUACUUUGCUACUACAAUCCAAACUUCAGGAAAGAUCACCCAGAGCUGCUGGAACUCUGCAAGCGCAGAGUUGCCCAAAAAAGAAGAGCUGUGGCUGCCCCCAGUCCACAGGAAGACCUGAAUGAGGGGCCCCCAAGGAACAACGCAGAUGUCCAGCCUAUGGAGGGAUUGACUGCUGGGCCAGAGAAGAGCCUGCUGACUGCAAAUCCACAAGCAGGCACACAGACAGUGCCAUCCAUGGGGCCUCCUCCACCCAAGCAAUUCAAGAAAGCCCCUAUCCAAGACCAAACAGGCAGUGCUCCAACUCCACCAGACCCUGCUGCUGCACCAGAGAGGGAAGAGUGCCAGCCUCUGGCCCCCUCCCCACUGCCACUGAGCAGCAGCCCCAUCUCGGAUGCCAUUCCUCCAGAUUACAACACUCUGCCCUUCAAGGCACCCACUUUUACACCUGGCUCAGUGUGGCAGGCAUUUGCCCAGCCCCCACAGGAAUCAGAGCUGCAGGAUCCAGGGGCUGCCCUGCAUUACCUCAGCCAGUGCUUUGCCAUGGCCAUGUUGGCAGCAGCCAAGAUGACAUCAGCUAACUGGGGGCCCUGGGCAGUCUCACAUUGCCCAACAUGCACCUGCAGCUCCCACAAAGCAGCCCCGCAUUGCCCAACAUGCACCUGUGGCUCUGACAGAGCAGAUGCAGAAGAGCAGCCAGCACCCUAGCAUGGAACCCACUGCACUGAGCAGGAACAGCAGCACCCAUUUAUAGGUUUAUAAUUUCAUACUUCAUAGACAGAUAUUUCUGGAAAUAGGAUGUUAGAAUAAUAAACUCUUUCUG